CGAAAGGGAAGAAGAAGAACUGGCAGUCUGCAGCUCGGAGACGGCGUCCGCCGGGAGACUCGCUGCUGCAGCUGCGGGUACGACCCACACCCCCCUCCCUCCAGCUGGCGAGCCCCCCCAGAUCCUCGGGCUGGCCCAUGGGGCGCUGUCUCGGUCUGGUCUCGAGCGAGAAGCCUGCUGGCGGCGUGCUCCUGCCCUGACACGGACUUGGGACUUCGAGAAGAGGAUCGCGCGGCUCCCCUCACCCUGAGAGACACUGCAGUCCACCAUGGCCGAGCAUCUCCUUCCCCAGGCUUUGUAUUUGAGCAACAUGCGGAAAGCUGUGAAGAUCAGAGAGCGAACGCCAGAAGAUAUUCUUAAGCCCACCAAUGGAAUCAUUCAUCAUUUUAAAUCCAUGCACCGAUACACCCUGGAAAUGUUUAGAACUUGCCAGUUUUGUCACCAGUUUCGGGAGAUCAUCCACAAAGCUCUCAUUGACCAAAGCCUCCAGGCCUCGCUGGAAAACCAGAAGAAGCUCAACUGGUGUCGGGAAGUCAGGAAGCUGGUGGCUCUGAAAACCAAUGGUGAUGGAAACUGCCUCAUGCACGCAACUUCUCAGUACAUGUGGGGUGUGCAGGACACGGACUUGGUCCUGAGGAAGGCUCUCUUCAGCACGCUCAAGGAGACGGACACGCGCAAUUUCCAAUUCCGUUGGCAGCUGGAGUCGCUGAAAUCUCAGGAGUUCGUGGAGACGGGGCUUCACUAUGACACUCGGAAUUGGAAUGAUGAAUGGGACAACCUCAUCAAAAUGGCGUCCACAGAUACCCCAGGGGCCCGAGGUGGUCUCCAGUAUCAUUCCCUGGAGGAAAUACACAUCUUUGUCCUUUGCAACAUCCUCAGAAGGCCCAUCAUUGUCAUUGCAGACAAAAUGCUGAGAAGUUUGGAAUCGGGUUCAAAUUUUGCUCCUUUGAAGGUGGGCGGGAUUUACUUGCCUCUCCAUUGGCCUGCCCAGGAAUGCUACAGAUACCCCAUCCUCCUGGGCUACGACAGCCAACACUUUGUACCCCUGGUGACUCUGAAGGACAGCGGGCCUGAAAUCCGAGCCGUUCCCCUGGUGAACAGAGACCGAGGGCGGUUUGAAGAUUUGAAAGUUCACUUUUUGACGGAUACUGAAAAUGAGAUGAAGGAGAAGCUGCUGAAAGAGUACUUGACAGUGAUAGAAAUCCCGGUCCAAGGCUGGGACCACGGCACCACGCAUUUGAUCAAUGCUGCAAAACUGGAUGAAGCUAACUUACCAAAAGAAAUCAACCUCGUUGAUGACUACUUUGAACUGGUCCAGCACGAGUAUAAGAAGUGGCAGGAGAACCAUGAACAGGGCCGAAGAGACAACCAAGCUCCCAACCCUCUGGACCCUUGCAUUCCCCAGCUUUCUUUCAUGGACGUAAAAUGUGAGACACCCAACUGUCCGUUUUUCAUGUCCGUCAACACCAAACCCUUGUGCCACGAAUGCUCAGAGAGGCAGCUCAAGAAGCAAAACAAAUCCGCAAAGGUGAAUCCCAAGCUGGGCCCCGAGGCCCUCCCUGGCAUGGUGCUUGGAGCCUCUCGGGGUGAGGCCUUGGCCUGGAGUCCAGAGGAGCCAGCUGGGGGGCCUCGGUCGGCCCCGCCCACAGCACCCAGCCUGUUUCUGUUCAGCGAGACCACGGCAAUGAAGUGCAAGAGCCCCGGCUGCCCUUUCACCCUGAAUGUGCUACACAACGGAUUCUGUGAGCGUUGCCACAAUGCCCGGCAACUCAAUGCCGGCCGCCCUCCGGACACCACGAGGCACCUGGAUCCGGGUAAGUGCCAAGCCUGCCUUCAGGAUGCCACCAGGACGUUUAAUGGGAUCUGCAGUACUUGCUUCAAAAGGACUAAGGCAGAGCCCUCCUCCAACUUCAGCUCUAGCAUCCCUCCUUCCUGCCACCAGCGGUCCAAGUCGGACCCCUCGCAGCUCAUCCAGAGUCUCUCCCCGCAUUCUUGCCACAGAGCUGGGAACGAGGCCACCUCUGGCUGCCUCACUCAGGCUGCCCGGACUCCAGGGGACAUGACGGGGACGAGCAAGUGCAGAAAAGCCGGCUGCAUGUACUUUGGGACUCCAGAAAACAAGGGCUUUUGCACGCUGUGUUUCAUCGAGUACCAGGAAAAUAAACAUUUUAUUGCUCCCUCGGGCAAAGCCGGACCCACCACCUCUAGGUUCCAGAACACGGUCCCCUGCCUGGGCAGGGAAUGUGGCACGGUGGGAAGCACCGUGUUUGAAGGAUACUGCCAGAAGUGUUUCAUUGAAGCCCAGAACCAGAGAUUUCAUGAGGCCAAAAGGACUGAAGAGCAGUUGAGAUCCAGCCAGCGCAGAGAAGGGCCUCGAACUGCACCCAGCGCCCCCCGGCCCAAGUGUGCGCGGGCCUCCUGCAAGAAUAUCCUGGCCUGCCGCAGUGAGGAGCUCUGCAUGGAGUGUCAGCACCGGGUCCCGCGGGUUGGCCCAGGGACUCACCGGGCCGAGCCUGUCCCAGAAGAGCCCCCCAAACAGCGCUGCCGAGCCCCGGCCUGCGAUCACUUUGGCAACGCCAAGUGUAACGGCUACUGCAACGAGUGCUUUCAGUUCAAGCAAAUGUAUGGCUAAGGGGACACCGUGGGGCCAGCGCCCCCGCCAGGAGGGGCCUCCCGCUCUUCGCCAACGUGGUGCUACGCACCCAACGCUCUGAUGCCGCCGGAGGGUCAGCCCCUGCCGCAGGGGGGCUCCGAAGGUGUCUUUGCACAGAGAAGGGCAAGCUCCGCUCUCUCCAGCAGGGCCUUGAAGCCGGUAGCUGAGAAUGUCCUGAGUGAGUCGGGACAAAGCUGGAAGCCGCGCGCGUGGUGUCCGCAUCCAGCCUGGGGCUGCGCCUCAACUGGCCGGCAGAAGGCCCGGAGGAGCGUAGGGGCUUGCGAGGACACUGCCGCGCGCCCUUUCGGGAGAAAGGAAAGGACGCACGGUCCGAUGGGAUGCAAAGAUCCCAGACCCUUGCCGCCGACCUCCUGCCUGCAGCCCUUUCCCACUCGCAGGCCCUCUCCAGAAGCUUGGAAGCUCAGGGAAAAUGGACAUAUUCAGGGUGUCAGUAGUUAAUGGAUUUCCCCUGCCCGCCCGGUUUCUUUCUUUGUGGCGGAAGCAGAACGAUCCACAGACUGUGAUUCCGAGGCUGCUGAGACUGAAUUCAUUCACAAAGCCAACAAGCUGCUCUUUACAAAUAUGCACCUUUUCCAAAACAAAACAAACAAACAAAGAAAAAACCCAGGUUAUUUGAAGGGGGAGAGGUAUAACUCUUUGGGUUAUCACUGUCUUCUCUCCUGAAGAGGUUAGCUUGAACUGAGUUGUGCAUAAAUUGUGUGUACAUAGAGAAUAUGCCCUUAUGUUAUGAGGGAAUCCUUUUUAUUGUGUGGGGAAUGCUGCUCUAGAGGGUUAAGUAGGAAGACUGGAUAAUAAUAACCUAUUUUUUGGUUGUUGUUGGGGGCAACACCUGUCUUUGUAGCUCAAAUGGACUCCACCAGUUGCCUUGCUUAAAAGGAGCACCCCACUGUGUCUGUGAUUUACCUUAUUUAUUUUAUUUUGAACUUUAAGGUUAUUUAAAUGAAGAUGUAUCUUCUGCUCUGGGGGAAAUGCUGAGGUGCUUUCUUGAGCUCACAUAGUUGCUUUGAGGGAUGUCAGAGAACCAGGCAAGUUCCUGAUGGAGACUUGGGAAGUCGGUCCCCUCGGAAACGCUGGUCACCUUCCCCAGAAAAGAAGGAAUCGCUUCAGCCGCACAAUCUCGUUCUGCUUAAUGAAAGGGGCUGAAGACUUCCCAGUGCACCCAUCAGAAACGGUUCUCUGACAUGUACCCGUGUCUCUGAGGACCCUACCUCCUUACCAGAUGAGAUUCCAAAGGAGCAGGGAUAAAAUUGGAGAAGGUCAAGGAAAAGUGGUGACCUUUCAUGAUGGUUUUAGUGGCUGGGCUAAUGCGGUGUUCUGGAGAGCUGGGCACUUGCGCCCUGGAAUCUGGUAACACCUUCCGCAUUAGGACCAGCACCUUCCUGACUCCCUGAGUCUGAGAAAAGUUCUUUCUGUCCUUUGCUCGCAGUUUCUCUCUCUGCUUUGUGUGAUUGUCAUUCUUCUGUUUUCCUUUUUGAGGGUGGGGGCAUCAGGACUCUGGGCCUGAAAAUCUUUGCGAUCUCCCAACUCUAUCCAGGGUGCAGUGCGUCCCUGCCCCUGCUAUAAAGCUUGCAUUUCUUGCUAAAGAUUUCAAAUAAGACUUCAGUGUUUUCAUCUAUUUCUUUUAAAGUUGACCUUUGCCUAUGCCGUGUGUAUUGAUAUUUUCAUUGUUAAUGUGAAAAAAAAGGAAUUAUUUAUACUUAUUAUAGAAAACAU